AACAAUUACAACAAUAUACUGUGUAUUCUUAAUUCUCUUUGUGUUGAGGGAUUUAGUACCUUGAAAUGUAAAAGCAGUGUUUUUGAAUAUACGUUGAAUAUCAAUUUAAAGAGGCUUCUUAAGGGUUUUUCUUAAAAUCUUGGAUUUUAAAAGUGAUUUGUUUAAAGAUGUAUGGACAUUAACAUUACAUAAAAGGUGAAUAUUCCUGAUCUUUCUUUGAUAGACCCACUGCUGGUUUCUAACAUAUGUAUUUCUGACUUCUUCAUACCUUGUCUGAACAGUUGGCUGAUUUGACUAUCUAAAGCAGUCUAUUCCAUUUCAGACUUCAUUCAUUUUGGGUCUCUAUUUCUUCCUUUGGUUUCACUUUAUGUAGGGCAUGGUCUGUUUGAACUUGUAAACAGGGAAGUCGAAUCUUCCUGCUUUCUAGAGGCAGCAUAUUGUAAAAAUUAAAUUAUGGACUCUGGAGCUAGAUGGCUUGUGUUAAGAUCCUUGCUCUAUCACUUAGUAGUGGUGUGGACUUAGACGAGUUACUUAACCUGUCUGUACCUCAUUUUCCUUGUUUAUAAAGUGAGUGAAUUGUGUAAGUAUUAAAGGACUUAAUUGGAAGCAUGAUUCGAAUAGUACCUAGCAUGUGGUAGGUGCUGUGUGUUUGCUGUUAUCAUUUCUGCUUCUGUUUCAGCAUUAGCGCUGAUCUCCUUCUUAUCAUAUCCAUGGCUCAUCUCUUUUCUGCCUCUCUGAUUCCUUAUUGUCACUGCUUAGCAUGAAUUGUCCAGACAAAAAAAAAAAAAGAAAAAGAAAAAAGAAAAUCCCUCAGAACUUGGCAUUCUUCUGACAUGUUGGAUCUUGUUUAAGUCAUGCCAGUUGGCCAUGACCCACUGUUAUCACUCAGAGUUCCAUUUUAAUUGCUGUUAAUCAUUUUAGAGAAGAACACUGAACUUUGAAAAAAAUGUUAGAAGCCAUUGACAAAAAUCGGGCCCUGCAGGCAGCAGAGCGCUUGCAAACCAAGCUGCGAGAACGUGGGGAUGUAGCAAAUGAAGACAAACUGAGCCUUCUGAAGUCAGUCCUGCAGAGCCCUCUCUUCAGUCAGAUUCUGAGCCUUCAGACUUCUGUACAGCAGCUGAAAGACCAGGUAAAUAUUGCAACUUCAGCAACUUCAAAUAUUGAAUAUGCCCACAUUCCUCAUCUCAGCCCAGCUGUGAUUCCUACUCUGCAAAAUGAAUCGUUUUUAUUAUCCCCAAACAAUGGGAAUCUGGAAGCACUUACAGGAUCUGGUAUUCCACACAUUAAUGGGAAACCUGCUUGUGAUGAAUUUGAUCAGCUUAUCAAAAAUAUGGCCCAGGGUCGCCAUGUAGAAGUUUUUGAGCUCCUCAAACCUCCAUCUGGAGGCCUUGGGUUUAGUGUUGUGGGACUAAGAAGUGAAAACAGAGGAGAGCUGGGAAUAUUUGUACAAGAGAUACAAGAGGGCAGUGUGGCUCAUAGAGAUGGAAGAUUGAAAGAAACUGAUCAAAUUCUUGCUAUCAAUGGACAGGCUCUUGAUCAGACAAUUACACAUCAGCAGGCUGUCAGCAUCCUGCAGAAAGCCAAGGAUACUGUCCAGCUAGUUAUCGCCAGAGGCUCUUUGCCUCAGCUCGUCAGCCCCAUAGUUUCCCGUUCUCCAUCUGCAGCCAGCACCAUUUCAGCUCACUCUAAUCCAGUUCACUGGCAACACGUGGAAACUAUUGAAUUGGUGAAUGAUGGAUCUGGUUUGGGAUUUGGCAUCAUAGGAGGAAAAGCAACUGGUGUGAUAGUAAAAACCAUUCUGCCUGGAGGAGUAGCUGAUCAGCAUGGGCGUUUAUGCAGUGGAGACCACAUUCUAAAGAUUGGUGACACAGAUCUAGCAGGAAUGAGCAGUGAGCAAGUAGCACAAGUCCUUAGGCAAUGUGGAAAUAGAGUUAAGUUGAUGAUUGCAAGAGGUGCCAUAGAAGAACAUACAGCACCCACUGCUUUGGGCAUCACCCUCUCCUCAUCCCCAACUUCAAUGCCAGAGUUGCGGGUUGAUGCUUCUACUCAGAAAGGUGAAGAAAGUGAGACAUUUGAUGUAGAACUCACUAAAAAUGUCCAAGGAUUAGGAAUUACCAUUGCUGGUUACAUUGGAGAUAAAAAAUUGGAACCUUCAGGAAUCUUUGUAAAGAGCAUUACAAAAAGCAGUGCUGUUGAGCAUGAUGGCAGAAUCCAAAUUGGAGACCAAAUUAUAGCAGUAGAUGGCACAAAUCUUCAGGGUUUUACUAAUCAACAAGCAGUAGAGGUAUUGCGACACACAGGACAAACGGUGCUCCUGACACUAAUGAGGAGAGGAAUGAAGCAGGAAGCCGAGCUCAUGUCAAGGGAAGACGUCACAAAAGAUGCAGAUUUGUCCCCUGUUAAUGCCAGCAUAAUCAAAGAAAAUUAUGAAAAAGAUGAGGAUUCUUUAUCUUCGAGGAGAAACACCAACAUAUUACCAAUUGAAGAAGAAGGGUAUCCAUUACUGUCAGCUGAGAUAGAAGAAAUAGAAGAUGCACGAAAACAAGAAGCUGUCCUGCUGACAAAGUGGCAAAGGAUUAUGGGGAUUAACUAUGAAAUAGUGGUGGCCCACGUGAGCAAGUUUAGUGAGAACAGUGGAUUGGGGAUAAGCCUGGAAGCAACAGUGGGACAUCAUUUUAUCCGAUCUGUUCUGCCAGAGGGUCCUGUUGGACACAGCGGGAAGCUUUUCAGUGGAGACGAGCUAUUGGAAGUAAAUGGCAUAACUUUACUUGGGGAAAAUCACCAAGACGUGGUGAAUAUCUUAAAAGAAUUGCCUAUAGAAGUGACAAUGGUGUGCUGUCGUCGAACUGUGCCACCCACCACCCAAUCAGAAUUGGAUAGCCUGGACUUAUGUGAUAUUGAGCUAACAGAAAAGUAUUUCUAUGAAGUAGAUGCUCCUAUUCAUCUCCAUUUGCAGAAGAGAAAACUGAAGUAUAUAAAUAGUGUGUACAUACCUCACAUAGAUCUAGGUGAGUUCAUCGGGUCAUCAGAGACAGAGGAUCCAGUGCUGGCGAUGACUGAUGCGGGUCAGAGUACAGAGGAGGUUCAAGCACCUUUGGCCAUGUGGGAGGCUGGCAUUCAGCACAUAGAGCUGGAGAAAGGGAGCAAAGGACUUGGUUUUAGCAUUUUAGAUUAUCAGGAUCCAAUUGAUCCAGCAAGCACUGUGAUUAUAAUUCGUUCUUUGGUGCCUGGCGGCAUUGCUGAAAAGGAUGGACGACUUCUUCCUGGUGACCGACUCAUGUUUGUAAAUGAUGUUAACUUGGAAAAUAGCAGUCUUGAGGAAGCUGUAGAAGCACUGAAGGGAGCAUCAUCAGGAACUGUGAGAAUAGGAGUUGCUAAGCCUUUACCCCUUUCACCAGAAGAAGGUUAUGUUUCUGCUAAGGAGGAUUCGUUUCUCUACCCACCACACUCCUGUGAGGAAGAAGGGCUCGCUGACAAACCCCUCUUUAGGGCUGACUUGGCUCUGGUGGACACAAAUGAUGCUGACUUAGUAGAUGAAUCCACAUUCGAGUCUCAAUACUCUCCUGAUAAUGACAGCAUCUACUCUACUCAAACCUCUAUUUUAUCUCUUCAUGGCAGUUCUUGUGGUGAUGGCCUGAACUAUGGUUCUUCCCUUCCAUCGUCUUCUCCUAAGGUGCACCUGUUAUCCUUGCAAAUGAUGCUGGGCAAUCUCCUUCAAUUGGUUUGCAAGGAUGUUAUUGAAAAUUCUUGUGAUCCACUACUUGAUCUGCAUAUGUCUUUGGAGGAACUAUAUACCCAGAAUCUCCUGCAAAGACAGGAUGAGAAUACACCUUUGGUAGACAUAAGUAUGGGGUCUGCUUCUGGCUUUACUAUAAAUGACUACACACCUGCAAAUGCUAUUGAACAGCAAUAUGAAUGUGAAAACACAGUAGUGUGGACUGAAUCUCAUUUACCAAGUGAAGUUAUAUCAAGUGCAGAACUUCCUUCUGUGCUACCCGAUUCAGCUGGAAAGAGCUCUGAGUACCUGCUUGAACAGAGCUCCCUGGCCUCUAAUGCUGAGUGUAUCAUGCUUCAAAAUGUAUCUAAAGAAUCUUUUGAAAGGACUAUUAAUAUAGCAAAAGGCAAUUCUAGCCUAGGAAUGACAGUUAGUGCUAAUAAAGAUGGCUUGGGGAUGAUUGUUCGAAGCAUUAUUCAUGGAGGUGCCAUUAGUCGAGAUGGCCGGAUUGCCGUUGGGGACUGCAUCUUGUCCAUUAAUGAAGAGUCUACCAUCAGUGUAACCAAUGCCCAGGCACGAGCUAUGUUGAGAAGACAUUCUCUCAUUGGCCCUGACAUAAAAAUUACUUAUGUGCCUGCAGAACAUUUGGAAGAGUUCAAAAUAAGCUUGGGACAACAAUCUGGAAAAAUAAUGGCAUUGGAUAUUUUUUCUUCAUACACUGGCAGAGACAUUCCAGAAUUACCAGAGCGAGAAGAGGGAGAGGGCGAAGAAAGUGAACUUCAAAACACAGCAUAUAGCAAUUGGAAUCAGCCCAGGCGGGUGGAACUCUGGAGAGAACCAAGCAAAUCCUUAGGCAUCAGUAUUGUUGGUGGACGAGGGAUGGGGAGUCGUCUAAGCAACGGAGAAGUGAUGAGGGGCAUUUUCAUCAAACAUGUUCUGGAAGAUAGUCCAGCUGGCAAAAAUGGAACCUUGAAACCUGGAGAUAGAAUCGUAGAGGUGGAUGGAAUGGACCUCAGAGAUGCAAGCCAUGAACAAGCUGUGGAAGCCAUUCGGAAAGCAGGCAACCCUGUAGUCUUUAUGGUACAGAGCGUUAUAAACAGACCAAGGAAAUCCCCUUUGCCUUCCUUGCCGCACAACCUUUACCCUAAGUACAACUUCAGCAGCACUAACCCAUUUGCUGACUCUCUACAAAUCAACGCCGACAAGGCACCCAGUCAGUCAGAGUCAGAGCCAGAGAAGGCUCCAUUGUGCAGUGUGCCCCCACCCCCUCCUUCAGCCUUUGCAGAAAUGGGUAGUGAUCACACACAGUCAUCUGCAAGCAAAACCUCACAAGAUGUGGACAAAGAGGAUGAGUUUGGUUACAGCUGGAAAAAUAUCAGAGAGCGUUAUGGAACCCUAACAGGUGAGCUGCAUAUGAUUGAACUGGAGAAAGGUCAUAGUGGUUUGGGCCUAAGUCUUGCUGGGAACAAAGACCGAUCCAGGAUGAGUGUCUUCAUAGUGGGGAUUGAUCCAAAUGGAGCUGCAGGAAAAGAUGGUCGAUUACAAAUUGCAGAUGAGCUUCUAGAGAUCAAUGGUCAGAUUUUAUAUGGAAGAAGUCAUCAGAAUGCCUCAUCAAUCAUUAAAUGUGCCCCUUCUAAAGUGAAAAUAAUUUUUAUCAGAAAUAAAGAUGCAGUGAAUCAGAUGGCCGUAUGUCCUGGAAAUGCAGUAGAACCUUUGCCUUCUACCUCAGAAAAUCUUCAAAAUAAGGAGACAGAGCCAACUGUUACUACUUCUGAUGCAGCUGUGGACCUCAGUUCAUUUAAAAAUGUGCAACAUCUGGAGCUUCCUAAGGAUCAGGGGGGUUUGGGUAUUGCUAUCAGCGAAGAAGAUACACUCCGUGGAGUCAUCAUAAAGAGUUUAACAGAGCAUGGGGUAGCAGCCACGGAUGGACGACUCAAAGUCGGAGAUCAGAUAUUGGCUGUAGAUGAUGAAAUUGUUGUUGGUUACCCUGUUGAAAAGUUUAUUAGCCUUCUGAAGACAACAAAGACGACAGUAAAACUUACCAUCCAUGCUGAGAAUCCAGAUUCCCAGGCUGUUCCUUCAGCAGCUGGUGCAGCCAGUGGAGAAAAAAAGAACAGCUCCCAGUCUCUGAUGGUCCCACAGUCUGGCUCCCCGGAACCAGAGUCUAUCCGAAAUACAAGCAGAUCAUCAACACCGGCAAUUUUUGCUUCUGAUCCUGCAACCUGCCCCAUUAUCCCUGGCUGUGAAACAACCAUCGAGAUUUCCAAAGGGCGAACAGGGCUGGGCCUGAGCAUCGUUGGGGGUUCAGACACACUGCUGGGUGCCAUUAUUAUCCAUGAAGUUUAUGAAGAAGGAGCAGCAUGUAAAGAUGGAAGACUCUGGGCUGGAGAUCAGAUCUUAGAGGUGAAUGGAAUUGACUUGAGAAAGGCCACACAUGAUGAAGCAAUCAAUGUCCUGAGACAGACGCCACAGAGAGUGCGCCUGACACUCUACAGAGAUGAGGCCCCAUACAAAGAGGAGGAAGUGUGUGACACCCUCACUAUUGAGCUGCAGAAGAAGCCGGGAAAAGGCCUAGGAUUAAGUAUUGUUGGUAAAAGAAACGAUACUGGAGUAUUUGUGUCAGACAUUGUCAAAGGAGGAAUUGCAGAUGCCGAUGGAAGACUGAUGCAGGGAGACCAGAUAUUAAUGGUGAAUGGGGAAGAUGUUCGUAAUGCCACCCAGGAAGCGGUUGCCGCUUUGCUAAAGUGUUCCCUAGGCACAGUAACCUUGGAAGUUGGAAGAAUCAAAGCUGGUCCAUUCCAUUCAGAAAGGAGGCCUUCUCAAAGCAGCCAGGUGAGUGAAGGCAGCCUGUCAUCUUUCACUUUUCCACUCUCUGGAUCCAGUACGUCGGAGUCACUGGAAAGUAGCUCAAAGAAGAAUGCAUUGGCAUCUGAAAUACAGGGAUUAAGAACAGUUGAAAUAAAAAAGGGCCCUACUGACUCACUGGGUAUCAGCAUCGCUGGAGGAGUGGGCAGCCCACUUGGUGAUGUGCCUAUAUUUAUUGCAAUGAUGCACCCAACUGGAGUUGCAGCACAGACCCAAAAACUCAGAGUUGGGGAUAGGAUUGUCACUAUCUGUGGCACAUCCACUGAGGGCAUGACUCACACCCAAGCAGUUAACCUACUGAAAAAUGCAUCUGGCUCCAUUGAAAUGCAGGUGGUUGCUGGAGGAGAUGUGAGUGUGGUCACAGGUCAUCAGCAGGAGCCUGCAAGUUCCAGUCUUUCUUUCACUGGGCUGACGUCAAGCAGUAUAUUUCAGGAUGAUUUAGGACCUCCUCAAUGUAAGUCUAUUACACUAGAGCGAGGACCAGAUGGCUUAGGCUUCAGUAUAGUUGGAGGAUAUGGCAGCCCUCAUGGAGACUUACCCAUUUAUGUUAAAACAGUGUUUGCAAAGGGAGCAGCCUCUGAAGAUGGACGUCUGAAAAGGGGCGAUCAGAUCAUUGCUGUCAAUGGGCAGAGUCUAGAAGGAGUCACCCAUGAAGAAGCUGUUGCCAUCCUUAAACGGACAAAAGGCACUGUCACUUUGAUGGUUCUGUCUUGAAUUGGCUGCCAGAAUUGAUCCAACCCCACCCCUAGCUCACCUCCUACUGUGAGGAGAAUGGGCUGGUCCUGACUUCUUUUAUGCCGUGUUCAGCGGGUCUUCAAAACUAUAGGGGGGAAAUAACACUUAAGUUUGUUUUUCUCAUAUAGAAAUGCUUUCCUUACUGACAACCUCGCAUCAUUUUUCUUUUCUUCUUGCAUUUUGUGAACUUAAAGUCAAAGAGAAGGAAUAUUUGUGUAGGUGAAUCUGGUUUUAUUUGUGAAUAUAUCUAAUGUUUUAUAGUCACAUGGGCAAGAAUUAUUACAUGCUAAUCUAGUUAGUAUAAAGAAAGAUAAUUCUAAAGCUAACCAAAAAAAAAAUGGAUUCAGUAAAUUAGGAUGAAAAAUGAAAAUAUAAAAUAAAGAAGAAAGUCUUGGGGAGUUUUAAAAAAAUGCCUCAAUUUGGCAGUCUACCUCCUCUCCCCACCCCAAACUAAAAAAAGAAAAAAAAGUUUUCUAUUGAAAAUCUUUAAAAAUACUGUCAGUAUUUUAAAAUUUUCAACACAGUAUAAUAAAAACAUUGCAUCUCCCCACCUCUUACAUGCAUAUGUAUUUUUCCUGCUAAAAUUGGUUUCUAUAAUUGAGUAAAUAGCAAAUAUAUGAAGCAAUGUCCCUAAAUUUUAUAAAGAAAUUAUAUUUAAUGCACAUCUCAAUUUUCAUUUUUAUUUUUGACCUUUUAUAAAAUAUUUUCAUGUGGCUAUAAGUAAAUGAUGAUGCCACCCCAUGUUGACUAUGGUUUUUCUAGAAAGCAACUAUGCUGCUAAUCAUAGAGGAACAUAGAAGGGUCCCAGAAUCUUUAGUGCUGGUUUUAACAACUGAUGCAACAUUAAAAAUGUGUUAGUGUGCUGUGCAAUUGGUUUUCAAUUCAUAUUAAUCUUAAUGAUAGAAAACAAUGUGUUAGUAAUUAUUUUGGUUGUUUGCCAUUAGUAAAUUGAUAGAAAAAUUAAGGCGAUUAACGUAACUUCAUUUCAUUGCCUUAUAUUAACAUCUUAUAAUACAAUAGUUUAAGACUAAG